CUGAUCGCACAUGACCUCGCGUGACCUUCCCGGAUUUUAUCCGAUGCCAUAAAUCAAACCGCCAUGAUUGGACGGUGGCGACUCGGACCGGAGCCGAGAAUGCCCCGAGGCCUCAUUCCUAAAGAUUCCGUUCAGAAGACGAAAAGAACAAAGAAAACAUCAAGAUGAUAGUGACGAUGCAUGGGAUGGAACAUUCAGUCUGCUUCAGCCAAUCUGGAUGUUGAUGUUCGUAAUUUGCGUUUGCUGAUAAUGCAGAGCGUCGCAUUUGCCUUCUUCUCGGUGGACCUAUCCGGGUUAACGGUUAUCUUAUCCUUGCGAGGACUGCUUCACUCCGCGGAGAUGUCGCUGUAAACAGUCAAACAUGAGACAAAAAGGAAGAGAAUAGAAUCUUAUGAUGGCCACCAGCGGGUAUUGCGGCCGAAAUACCCGCCGACUGAUAUUUCUUUCAGGAUUAUUUAAACUGACAUCAGUUCAC